CGUGAUUAUUAAGCUAAUGUAGAGAUUAGAAAAUAGAGGUUUAGGGGUUUGUUUAGAAAAAAAAUUGGAGAAGAAAAAGGAGGAGGUGUCACUGGGUGGAGUUAAAAGUUCCUUCAGCUGUUCUCUCUCUCUGUCCCUCUACCUCUCUUGCUUCAUUAGACACUGGUGAAGUAGGAGGAGGAGGAGAAGAAGAAGGAGGUGUAUGAUAAAUGAAAACCUCUCCUCUUCUUCUCCUUCUUCCAGAGACGACUCUUCCACAGCUAUGUGUCCAUUCCGUCACAUCUGGACGGUAAAAGCAACCCCGGCAUCCAGUCAUUGUGGAGCCUGAACUUUUAUGGAGUUGACUCCUGAGUUUUCAUGCAGACCAGAGCAGAGGAGCUAAGAUGAGACGCGGACCAUGAAUAUUUUGUUUGGGCUUCUUUCUCUCUAAAGGAACCGAGGAGAGGUGAUCGUCAUGUCUCUUUGGGUGAUUCUUCCAGUCAGCCUGCCAGUCUUCACCAUCACUGGAAUAUGGGUCGUAUACGUGAUGGCCCUGUACAACCAACAUGUCUGCCCCGUGAACAACUGGAUUUACAAUGAGUCGUGUGAAGAGCGGCUUCCACAGCAGAGGGGUCCUGUGUUCUGCUGCACCCUGGACAACAUUCCACUCAUCAGUAAAUGUGGAACGCUGGCACCAGAGAGCUGCUUUUUCAGCCUCACGUGCACCACAGGCUCUUUCAUGGUGAUGCUGAUCGGACUGCUGCGCUACGCUCACGUCAUCGAGAAACACCAGAACUGUGUCCUGAAUGUGGCCAGUCUGUCCACUGGGUGGAUCUGUGCAGCCGGACUCUUUAUACUGGGAAUCUUCCCGGUUGAUUUAGUAAAAGUCCUUCACUACAUUGGAGCCGGUGUGGCCUUCCCCUGCAGCAUGCUGUUUGUGAGUCUGCAGUCGGCUUUGACCUACAGACUGGCCAAGACCCAGGGCCAGUAUGGAGUGGCGCACUUGAGGGUGGGCAUGGCCCUGCUGGCUCUGAUAGCCCUGGUGCUCAGUGGAGCCUUCUUUGUGCAGGAGAGCUUCGUCCUGCAGCACGCCUCUGCCAUCUUCGAGUGGAUUUAUUGCAUGCUCAUCAUGCUCUUCUACGGAACAUUCGCCUUCGAGUUCAGGGGCAUGUCCCGGGACACGUUGAUAAUCCUGGUGAGGGGAGAGCGACUGCAGAACUUUUCCAGUGACUCUAAACCUAAGUCAGAGUUUCACAGCAUCUCCAACCACCACCAGCCAGAGGUUUUGACCAUCCUGUGACUGAAAGUAUUUGGUAGUUCAGUAUCUGUGGAAAUAUGAACUCAUCUGAAGAAGGUGCCUGAAGUGCAUCAGCAGAUGCUCACGUGUAUUAUUGCACUCACCACUGAUGCCAAAUCUGUUCUCCUCAUCUGUCACCAAAAAUAUUUUUAUACGCUAAAAACACUGCAGAGUCACUGCACAAUUAUCUGCAACAUGUGCCUUUUCUGACUAUCACAGGCCAGUUUAAGGGAUUCACCCCAUCCUUACUGUUUGUUUUAAUUUUCCUCCGUUAACAAUCAGUCCUUUGUGAGAAGCGAUUUCCUGAAAGUGCCUCAAAUGCCGCCCGGUGUCGGCGCUGCUGUUUGUUUAAAUGUUCGGCUGUUCAGACAUGAACUCUGCAUUGUUCCCACUCAGGAAGCUUUCUUACAUGACAAGCUUUCACUCUCUUUACCUCAAUGGUUUUAGUGAGGUUUUUCCAAAAACGUCAGACAAUACUGUAGCAGGCCUGGACCACCUCUGUUUGCCAAGAAUAACGGCUGCUCUUUGUGUAACGCAAAAAUGUGUGUACUUUUCAUCCAAGAUUAUUUUGUAAUUCAAGGUAUAAUAUUCUCCAGAACUCUUUU